AAACUAUAAGAGAAAUAGCUAAUCGAGAAAAUACUUAUAAGCUCGUACUAAUGAAAACAAACUUGUUUACUUUUCAAUCGUAUCACGCGGAACAUAACCUGUAAAUAUUAAAUAGGAAUAUACCAAGGAUUCACUUCCAACAGAAAAGGACACAAGAAAAUGCUAAAUCCAGAAGUGAUCAAAUUUCCAGCACCGAAAUCUCAGCUAACAUACACACACCAUACAUGGGAUGACCCAAAGAGAAAGGUGACUUGGCAGCAUGUUAUUCAUGAUCACACUUUCAACAGAAAGGUGGUGGUGCUUCUCCCAGACACACCAAUUGUACCAAAUUCUUUGUCUGACUCCUUUACUGAGGAUGCCCAGCAUUACUUAGUGAAGAACCUUCCUCUAGCAGAAUUUUGCAGCCCAGUUUUCCUUCAGGCAUUCUGUCAAAAAGGUCACUUUCAUGCUUUAUGCUGUGACACACGUGUAGAUGUAGACAAUACGGCUGCCAUGACCCCUGAUGGAUAUCUUCAUAUACUUGUUGAUAAAUUUACCUAUCAGGAGCUCCAGUUACAUGGAACUCUUUCAUCUCACAUUCUACGCAAGCCUCAGGACAGAUAUGUUAUCAAGAUUAACACCAAUGAGAAGACCUUCAGACCAGAGAAGUCAUACUAUGAAAGGGUUACUUCUGCUCUUAGCCAUCCUCGGCUGAAAUUCAACUUUUGGAUAACGUGGAAACCAAAGAAUGGUGAUAUAUGUCCUUCAUCAGUAGCCAAAUACUUCCAUGACCUUGGAUUUGCAGUAGAAGAACAAUUUCCAGAUGUUUAUAAGAGCAUAGCAUCUGAAGUGGCCAUGCCAAGAUUAGACAAGAAACAAGCAGAUGAUGUGGAAGAAUUAGAGCCAGAAGAGCUUUUGGAAUGGAUAGGUUGUCAGUCUUUAGGAAUAAGGUUAGAAACUAACCCAAGUUCUGUGUGUGAAUUGGUGAGGCCAAAGGCAUAUGACAUGGUCAGCAAUGUGAAUGCAGUUCACUGUACGGGAUUUUUCACCUCAGAGUAUAUUGUUUCCCUGGUCAGCACUUUGAGGAGCUGGCUGUUAGAGCGAAGUCCCACUUCUGUCCCUUGGCUUAGUGUGACAGUCUAUGGUCAUCCAGACUCGCCUGUUAGCUGGGGUCAUCAGGAACACUCAUAUCGAUCCAAUGGAGACAAUUUCUACACUCUUGUUCUGCAAAGGGAUGGUGUCCACAUCUUCAAAGUCUUUGGUUCUACACAACCCCUGAGAAUGUAUCCCAAAGCUAACAAUAAUAAGUAGUAAUAAGAAGA